GCCUGCUGUCACUUGCCAGUGUUGUUCAGGAGGUCGGUGAGUGAGGACGCGCCGCACUACGCUCCGGGAACCUUGACUGGGCCAGCCAUUGGUUAUACACAAGUGUAAUUGAAUACUGAUGAUAUAUACUGUGAACUUUAGAAAAAUUUUCACGUAACAUUGCAGCUAUAUAUUAUAUAGUGCUGGUGAAUUUUAGCCUGGAUGAUAAUUUGCCACUUAAUGUUGUAUGGUGUUGAAGAACAGUAGCCUGAGUAUAGUAGUGUGAGGGAGAUCUGGGUGUGUUAACUACUGACGGUGUGAGGGUCGUGAUGGGCGUGAACGGGGGCGGAGGGUCGCUGAGGGACGUGCUGCUGGUUGGAGGGGGAGGGCGUGGCACCAGCAGCCGUGGCACCACCCAGGGCACGGGCUUAACCUGGCGCUCCCUGCGCUCCGUGUCUGGCACCGUGGACGCUGUGGAUCCCCGCGGACAUUUCUUCCCGGCCAAGCUGGCACUGUCCCUGGCCUUGCUGAAGCUGGUGUUGGCAAUAUUCAUUGUGUCACUAGGGGCUGUAGCACUUAUUCUCCAUGCUGCGUUAUCUACAUUGGGCGUGGGGCUGUGGGCAGGGGCAGUGGUGGGCCUGUCUGGAUUCUUAGGGAUAUGUGCCUCCCGCCGCCCUUACGCCCACGUCUACGUCGUGAGCUUCAUGUGCGUUGCCAUCCUCUCAAUGGCAUCGUCAGGGCUUCUCAUCAUCCUGUCAGCGACUGCCUGGGCCCGUGACAACCAGCACCCAACUGCAGUGUUCGUCGAGGAGGAGACUCAGGAAGAGGUAGAGGUGCUGGGGGAGGUGUUGGUGCGUCGCCCAGCCGUGCUCGUCUCAGGUGCCCUGGUGUUGCUGGGGGUCAUCGACUGUAUGGUGAGCCUCGCCUGUGUGACUAUCAGCGCCAGAGAGGCCUGUGGACUCUACAGCAAGGGAGAAGACAACGCCCAGGGGCUCUCUGAGGGACACAACCGCAAGGAGCGACUCUACCGCUGGCUUGGUCAACAGAAGACCAUAUUUCCUAUUGGGUCGUCUUCGGGUCCUCCUCGCGGUGUAUCUUCUAUAUCACAGUUUGUGCCCCUCUCCUCGUCUGACUCCUCGUCGUCAGCCACACCCAGGAAGACCUUAACAGAUCCCUCUGGUGUGUCGUCCAUACCUUCUUCAUCUUCCCACCGGAUCCACCACCAGACUGCUACUCCGCCUCUUGCCACUCCUUCUCACAUCUCAUCCUCUGUAAAGGGUGGUGGCAGCAAGGUCGCUCCAUCAUCUGUGCCCUCUAUCCUCAAGCCUCCCAGCCAUCCUGUCACCAGUGGUUCACAUUCACUCCCGCAACUAACUUCCAAACACCACUCAUCCACACAAAACUAUGAACGUCGCCAUUCAAUACAUCCACACAUGCAGGCCGCAUACCCACACCUCCAGCAUUCCCUCCACAUGCACCACCUCCAUCCACAUCCCCACGCACAUCCCCACCCACAUCCCCACCCACAUCACAUUUCCCAGAAGGCACAUGCCCACCCUCACCAGUAUCCCCAGCUGCCCUCGUCUCACCCUCACCACCACCCACAGCUCUCACACACACCUCAACACGCAGCUCACCCCUCACUCUAUUACCCCCACCUGGUGACACCUAUGAUGCCUCACUUCCCUUCAGACCAGGAUCACCACCAGCAAGCGAGGACUCACAAGAAAAAAGACAGCAAGAAGCGCAGAAACAAGGAUGGGAAAAAGGACAAGAAGAAGGCCAAGAAGAGCAAGGAGUUAACGGACGAACAGAUCGAGAGAACUUACACAGGACUAGACCGAGAGAUUGCCGAAGAGUUCAUUGACUCCACCAUGGAACCCGGAAUAUCUAUCCAGAGAGCUCUCAACAGCACCUUCGACCAAGAUUCAUUCUAGGGAUUAAAUUAUACUCUUCAUAUUAGUUACUAACUCCUAUGUUUUAAGUGAAUAAGACUAAAAUACAAGAAUAUGCAUUUUGUGGUACAGUAUAAGGUAAUGCAUGCAUCUGACGAUAAUUAUGUCUGUGUAAGGAAAACAGGAUUCAUAUUGUAAAUAAAGUUCACACUAGUACUUGAUUAUACCUGUGUAAUCUACCAGACGAUUUGGCUAAUGUGCCAUACAGUGACAAUUUUUAUAUAUAAUUAUAUCAACAACGAACGCUGAAGAGUCCCUUUAUCAGUUACAUAGGGUGAUAUGUGUAAAAUACAAAGUUAUAUUCAUAAUCUUUACUUGUGGUAUCGUACUAUAAGGCACUUGUUUACUUUUUCAGUGUUAAUGAAGCUCUUGGUGUAGAGAAAAGACGUGGUCUCUCUUUGAUGUUGUAUAAGUGCCAUGAAUUUGUCAUUCCUCACAUUAAAUUGUCAUCUUGGUUUUUUAUAGUCAUCAGAUAUGAAAUUUAUAAGUUUGUGACUAAAAUAUUACUGCGCUGAUACAAUAAUCCACACACACACACACACACUACUACACACACACACACACCACGCACACACA